CCCAGUCCAUCCAUUCUCACUCUCUCUCUCUCUCAAGCACACACACACACACACAUACCCACACACACGUUCAUCUUCCUGUUCCUCGACAUCAAGGAAAGCGCCACCUUUGCUAACAGCAUAAACAUAAACCUUUUUAAAAAGCCUCUCUUUCACCUAAGUUUGUAUAGCAUGGGAAACUUCAAACUGCACAAUGUAUGCGUUGCUUUGCAAUCUUUCUACUGCUUCUAUUAGUUUGUGCGGUCAGUAAUGAGUGAAUUCAAGAGUUGUCUUGCGUUGUUUUAAGUAAAGGGUUCAAUGGGUGGUGAGGAUCAUGGUGGCAGCUGGGUGAUGGUACCGCAACCAACUGUAGCUCCAUUAAAUAUGGAGAGGGAUGAGCACUGGAGGCAUUUUGAUAACUCAGUGAAUGCAGUUUCUUUUGGGUUCGUAGCCACUGCAAUUCUCAUAUCAAUGUUCCUUGUUAUGGCUAUUUUUGAGAGGUUUCUUCGGCCGAGAUCAUUGCCUUCCGGUUCUAACUCUCAUACUGAUCUCGAGGCCCAGACGGUGCUCGAUGGAAAGCUUAAUUACCCUUCUCCCAAAAUGACAGUGUAUGCUAAAGGGGUAUCAGUGUUGAUGCCUGGUGAGCAAAUUCCUACCUUCAUUGCACAUCCAGCUCCACCACCUUGCCCUCCAGAGCGCAUCUUACCGCCUCUCAAUCACCAUAACCACUGCCUCAAUUCUGUUUCAACCUCAACCACAACCUUAAACCCAACUCCAGUUGAAAACUACUGAAAAACUAACGGGGGUGUUUGGUUUGUAAUCCCAAAAUAGUUUCAAUGAUCACGUUACUGCUCAAUCAGUUGGGAUACAAAUUGGAUUCUGGAUAUAAUCUUACAUAACAAAUUUUCACUUCAACGGUUUUGAGAAUUUUAAACUAACUUCUGAUUUAUAUUGAAAAUAAUGUUUCAGAAAGCACCGUAGACAAAUGUGUGUUCUUCAGAUUGUUUUGCACUCCUACUUUCAAAUGCAAAAGGUUGUAUCCAGAUUCUGAACCAACCCCACAAGUUUUUCAUAAGUUCUUUUCUGGUUUCCUUCAUUUAGUAUACUGAAUGUCACAUGUAAAAAGUUUAGAAGGUUUAUGAGUAUGAGAGAAAUAGAGCUUGAAUUUGUGUGCAAUUCAUCAUGUAUGCAUAUUUCUAUUUGAUUAUUACGGCCUGCUUCCUUA